AUGAUGAACAGGAUUCUCUUUGCUUGCCUGUUUCUCGCUCUGUCCACUGACAGCUCCUCGCUAAGCUGCAGAUGGAUGGAUCAUAAAUUCAGACAGCACAACGAAGAAACUCUGAAUCUAAUUGAUACCAUGGCUAAAAACUCCACUAACACCACUGAAGUGGAGGUCACUGUGGCCUUCCCUAAUCACCUGUACCACCAGGUGUCCAAAUCAUCAGCUGAGGAUAAACUGGCUUUCAUAGUUCAGAUUCUGGAGGAGGUGGCUGCCCUGUUUGAGGAGGAUCACAGCUCUGCAUCAUGGGAGGACAGCACAGUGAGGAACUUGCUCAAUAUUGUCAACAAACAGGCUGAAGAGCUUCACUCCUGUGUAAGUUCACUUUCAGUUAGUCACAAGAAGAAAACCACAAAGCUGCACAUGUACUUUAAGAGACUCUCACAUCAUAUCCUAAAGGAAAUGGGUCACAGUGCUGAAGCCUGGGAGGUGAUCAGGAAAGAAACCAAAGCCCAUCUAAUGAGAGCAGAACAGCUGGCUUCAUCUCUGCACACGGCCCAAUAA